AGGCCAGGCUCAGAGCUGUCCGAGCGCCCAGCCCCGCCCCCGAGCCUCGUCACUCCCUCCCUCUCUCCCUCGGCCCGCCCUCCCCGCGCACCCCUCCCCCCGAGGACCCCCGCCCCCCGCCCGCCGCCAACGCCGCCGCCGCUCGCUCGGGCUGCAGAACAAUAAAGCGAGCCUCCCAGAGACCCCCGCCGAGGACCCCCGCCCGGCCGAGGCCCUGCGCCCGCCCCUCGCCGCCCGCGCCGCAGAGCGCGCCGGGUCGCUGGCCGAGGUGCUGGCCGGGCCGGCGCUGGCCGCGGUGCUGAAGCUGCCGCCGCUCCCGCCGCCGCGUUCUCCGGGCCCGGCGCCGCCGCCCCCGGGGGCAUGGGGGGCCGCUGACUGAGGCUCCGCCGCGGUGGCGGGGGGGAGGGGACGGGGGCUGCGGAGCCGGGCCAGCCCUGCACCCACUCGCAGCCUCCGGGCCCGGGACGGAGCCGCUCCCCCCCUCCCACCCCCCAGCCUCCUCCCCCGCCUGUCCAGGGGCGGCACUGCGGGCUGGGAAGCCGGGACCAGAGGAGGGAAGGAAGGGAGGAAGGAAGGGAAGAAGGAAGGAAGGAAGGACGGAAGGAAGAGGAGCGAAGAGAGAAGAGGGAGGGAAGGAAGCCGAAGAGGACCCGGAGGAGCCGAGGAGGAAGCGCCGGAGGCAGGAGGCCAGAGGACGGCGCUCGCUCGGGCGGCAGCUCCCGAGGCCAGCGUGGGGACCCGGCCGCCUGCAGCGCUGCUGGAUGGUGACGGGGCCUCGCCGCGGCCGCAGCCCCCCCACGCCCCGGCUCCGCAGGCCCGCAGCGCCGGAGUCCCGCAGAAACCAUGCCCAGGUCCUUCCUGGUCAAGAAGGUCAAACUUGACACGUUCUCCUCGGCGGACCUCGAGAGCUCCUACGGGCGCGCCCGCGGCGACCUCGGCGCACGGCUGCAGGAGAAAGGAUACCUCAGCGACUACGCGGGGCCCACCUCCGUCUACGAUGGCGAUGCCGAGGCGGCCUUGCUCAAAGGGCCAUCCCCGGAACCCAUGUACGCGGCGGCCGUGCGGGGAGAGCUGGGCCCGGCGGCCGCGGGCUCGGCGCCCCCGCCCACACCGCGCCCGGAGCUGGCCACGGCCGCGGGCGGCUACAUCAACGGCGACGCGGCGGUCAGCGAGGGCUACGCGGCCGACACCUUCUUCAUCACCGACGGGCGUUCGCGCCGCAAGGCCGCCCACGCCAGCGCCGCCGCCCCCUCCACGGCCUCGGCUCUGGCCUCCGACGGCGACGGAGGAGGCGGGGCCGCGGCUGGGUCCCGCGCGACGGGGUCCGGGUCGGGGGUCCGGGGAGGCGGCGCGCGCGCGGGGGCUGGCACCGAGGCGCGCGCAGGGUCGGGGGCCGGCGCCGGCAGCUCAGGGGGCCGGCACGCCUGCGGCGAGUGCGGCAAAACGUACGCCACGUCCUCGAACCUGAGUCGCCACAAGCAGACGCACCGCAGCCUGGACAGCCAGCUGGCGCGGCGCUGCCCGACGUGCGGCAAGGUGUACGUGUCCAUGCCGGCCAUGGCCAUGCACCUGCUCACGCACGACCUGCGCCACAAGUGCGGCGUGUGCGGCAAGGCCUUCUCGCGGCCCUGGCUGCUGCAGGGCCACAUGCGCUCGCACACCGGCGAGAAGCCCUUCGGCUGCGCGCACUGCGGCAAGGCCUUCGCCGACCGCUCCAACCUGCGCGCGCACAUGCAGACGCACUCGGCCUUCAAGCACUUCCAGUGUAAGCGCUGCAAGAAGAGCUUCGCGCUCAAGUCCUAUCUCAACAAGCACUACGAGUCGGCCUGCUUCAAGGGCGGCCCCGGCGGCGGCGGCCCCGCGGCCCCGGCGCCGGCCGCGCCGCCGCAGCUCAGCCCCGUGCAGGCUUAGGGCGGCGGCGCCCCCGUCGGCCGGGGUGGCUCUCAGCAAUACGAGCCCCAGAGAAGUCUCCGCCGGCGCUCGGGGGGCGGGGCCGGAGGGCGGGCCCCUCCCACAGCAAUAGGGGGAGGGGGCCCCACCCCGCUCGCCAGGGGCCUGGCCGGCCCCUUCAAGCAAUAGGGUCCCCAGGGGAGACCCACCCCGAGCUCCCUCCCUUCCCCUCCAGGGUGCCCCAGGCUUUUCCCCAGCAAUAGGGUCGAGGAGACCCA